GCUUUCAGGGAAGCGUGCGCCCCGUUCCAAUACGCUUUCAGCACGCGCGGGCCGGGUCGGAAGCACUCAUCCAUGCGGUGCGCGCAGCAGUCGAAGCAGACCCGCGCACGACCGUGCUCAGUAUCGAUGGGGUGGGCGCUUACGACCACAUAUCCCGAGCCAGCAUGUUCACAGCGUUGCGUGAUCUCGCCUCACUGGCAAGCCUCCUGCCUUUCUCCAUGCUGUUUUACGGCCAAGCCAGUCGGUACUCCUUUUAUGACGGCGAGGGCCGCAGACACGAGGCCGCGUACUGGGCCUCUUGGGCUGACACGGUCGGGGCACUGCAGGCACACCACCCCGAUGAGUUGGAG